UUCACGAUACCUACAUAAGGAACGCUGAUCCCGUCUUUCCUCUCUGUAUGAUCGUCUGAACCUUAUAUCCACCAAGUUACAUUUGGAAGCCGCCUCCCCCAAUCCUUCCAGGAACAAAAAUCACCACCGCACACCAUAUACAUACCACGACCGCGACCUUUACAUAUCGGCCUCCCGGUCCCUUCUCAUAACUGACCUUACACACAAUAAUUGUCGAUUAUGACUAUGGCCAUAGACCAUCAACAGCGUCAAUUUGGCGCUCUGAACUUCGAUCACAUGCCUUAUAAUCACUCGCCGCAUUUCACAAACCCGUGGAGUGCUUCCUCUGCGCCUCCUCCCCAGAGCCUGUAUUCUUCUUCAUCACACAGCCUGAACCCCAUCAGCUUGGACUCGAUACCCAAGGAACCGCCGGCAAGACUUGGCUCGCACGCCUCCUCCAUGCCACCAUACGCCUCCGCCCCUCAGUCUUCAGCUUCCGCAGGUAGCGCCCCCAUGGGGACCGUGUACGGGCAGCAGCAGAUGCUCAGCUUGCCCCAAGAUGUGAUGAGCCAGAACCGUGUCCAGCCGCCCAAUCCCGCCUACGGCAGCAGCGUUUCCUACUCUAGCGGAGGCUCCUCCCACCCAACCUACGCAACCUCCACGCCCUACGAUUCCAUGGGCUAUACUGCGGCGCCAGUACGGUCGACGUAUGCGCUCCAGCAGCAAGCACAGGCGGACAAUUCGCGGAGACUAUCACAGCCGUCAGUUGCCUCAAGUUCCCUUCUCACAACCGCAACCGAGAAUGAACGUCGGCGUCAAAGCUCCCUUAUUGACUUCAAUAGCAGAAGUGUGAGUUCCGAGACGACCCGAGACUUUGGUGACGCGAUCAACGCGAGCCGUGGGAUGAUCGCUAUGAGCCAGAACACCACCCCGCGCAACAUCUACGGACCCGGUGCACGCAACGGGCGCGGAUCGGGCGACUCGUACGGAUUCCCCGCCACGCACUCCACAAACUCGUCCAUAUCUUCUUCUGGAACUUAUCCAGCUUAUUUUGGUGGUUCUGUCGAUUCGUCUCUCAGCGACUAUUCUAAUGCCGGAUCAGAUAUCGAGACUGCCUCGUCGAGGACUCUCCCAAGGCCGCCUGGGUUUAUGGGCGGAGGUGCUCCCCCCGCUCCUUCGUCUAUGAUGGGCCAAUUCAGCUCCAAGGUUUCCUCCAGCGCGCAGAAGAAGCACAAGUGUAAAGUGUGUGAUAAGCGCUUUACACGCCCCAGUUCGCUCCAGACGCACAUGUACAGUCACACUGGCGAGAAGCCUUUUGCGUGUGAGGUUGAAGGAUGCGGUCGUCACUUUUCUGUCGUCUCGAACCUCCGCAGGCAUCGAAAGGUGCACAAGGGAGGAGCGCCUUCCGAAGCGGGAUCCGACGACCAUCACUCAGAAUAAAAAGAUUUCAAAAACAAAUUAACGCCAAAAUACUGCACCUUGCAUCGAUACCCAUGUUCCGAAGACUGCGACGUAGACGAGAAAGAAAGAGAGAGUUUGUGCGAGAGAGUUGCGAGAGAGCAAAAUUUCACGAGAGCCAUGUUAUGAGGGAGGGGACAAACGUCUAAUCUGUGGAUAUGUUACUGCAUUAUUCGACUAAUUCUGUGGAUAUUCAAAUUGACGGUUGGUCAUGCGGAGAAUCGCCAUAUGUUUUUUCCUGGCUUCUCAAAUCACGAUCACUACAAUAAUACUGUACUAUUUUAGGGAGGGG